AGUGCGCGCUACGCGAUAUCACUGGCCGGUCAUGUGUGCGUCACUCUCACGUUCACACUGGUACCGUUCGGAGUGCUUGGUUACCGCGCUGCCGCCGUCACCGUCAACCGAAAAGUGUGCGGCCAAGUUGUGCCACGGUGUGCGGCCGGAAGUUUGAAAAGUGUCCCCCCGGCGUUCGGUUCGGUCCUGGACGUGGCGAGGGACCGGGGAGAAUUCUGUGUCGGUGCGGGGAUCAUCGUCAUCGUCGUCAUCGGCACCACCGUUGCGGACGUCGUCACCCUCGUCUUCGUCGUCGUCGUCGUCGUCGUUGCCGUCGUCGCCGACAACGGGGAAACGGGGGGCGCGCAGGUGGAACGGACUGUAAAAGGAGCGCGGCCGAGGAAACGGAAGAAAAAAGAAAGAAAACGGCGGAUCGCCGGACCGUCGUGGAACAGCGGAGCGGAUCGUACGAAUUGCCCGUCUGCGAAGAGUUUUCGGCCGUCUUGUCCAGGCGUGCAUGUAGCGGCAAGGAGUGGCUGUGCCCCGCUGCUGUGUUGGUGCUUGGCCGACUGUCGAAAGAAGAAAGGAGUGAGAGCGAGAGAGACGGAGACGUAGAGCGAGAGAAAGAGAGCGAAAGAGAGAGAGAGAGAGAGAGGGAGAGAGAGAGAGAGAAAGAGAGAGAGAGCGAGAGAGAUAGAUAGAAAGGGGAUCGUGCGCGCCUCAUGGCCCUGUUGUUUGUUGGCCCGUCGUGAUCACGAGGAGAAGAGAGUUCUCCGGGUGCGAUCGUGUUGUUUCUGGUGUUCUUGGUGGAAAAAUAACGAAGUGGUGAUCGGUGCUCACGGUUGGUUGUUCUUCACCGCGGUUCUUGUGUGCUACGUGGGGUUUUCUUUUUUGGGGGAGAGGCACGCUCGCCGGAGGAUCGGAAUAGAGGAAAAGAGAACGACAGAGAUAGAAGGGUGGAGAGAAGGAGAGAGAACCGGCGGAGUGGGAACGAGACAAGCCAGAUAGAUAGAUAGAGGCGGAGAAAGGGUGAUUGGAAGACCCCGGCCUGGCGAUCCGAAUUCGCGGAUCCGACACGCCGCGGUUGCCGAUCCAUAAUAUGGCGUACAAGUUUCGCGAAGAGAUCGUGGGAAAGAGGUUUCUCUCGGUGAGUGGUUUCACCAAGCUAAAGGUGAAUAAGAUCAGUGAGUGGGGGUGGCGUGCAGGGGUGAUUCGUGCUGCCAGUCACAGGGAUAACGGCUGUCAUGAUCUCCAGAUCCUAGUAGAGUACGACGACGUAGAGUGGCAAAGAAGAGAAUGGCUAUCGCCGCACAGGGACGCGGUGUUCUCGUUCUUCCUGGUGGAAAAGGGUCUGAACUGGGCCGAGCGGCCUGACCCCAGGCAUGCCAGCCUCAUCGCCAUCGAUCAUCACAACCACGCGAAUAAUAACCACCACCACCAUCACCGCAUCAACGGGAAGCCCUUGAGGGGCGCCACCGCUGUCGCGAACACGGUCGCCUGGCCGGCCCUUACGUUCUACCCCCUGGUGGCGCGUGCCGAGCUCCCCGAGGACGCCAUGCCGCUCGAGUUCAUGCAGGAUCGGCGACUCGACUUCGUCGACUACUCGAAACUCAAACCGUUCACCCAGGACUGGGAGCUGAUGAAGGGCUCGGUGGCCUGGGCGAGCGCGGUCCGACGCUGGGCGGAGAUGCAGGACGGCCAGAGGAUCCUGCUGACGACGCCGAGCGUGCUGGUCGGCUUCAGGGUCGAGGUUUAUCGGGCCGAGGGCACGACACAAUGGUACACUGCCGUCAUUGUUGGUUACAACGAGUCCACCAAGGACUUGACCGUCACCGACGACACCGUCCUCGAGGAUCACAACGAGGACCCCAGUUUAGUACAAAUGCGGCUGAUCGGCGACGGAGUGGUCGAGAGCAUCAUGAGAGGCGAGGUCGUCGGCAUGACACCGAGGAGGUCGAGGUCAUCGACUGCUCUGACGCACGCGCUCGUCGUGCCGCGACCCGGAAGGAGGCCCCGAGGACGUCCUGGAAACACCGCACAGUUGCAGACUACGCCCAGGAUACAGAGUCCCAUCUCUCAGCAUCUUGAAAAAGAGAAGAACAGCGCGCGGAACAGCCGCCGUAGACGCGUGAGCGAGGGCGCGAGUCGCGACAGGCUAGAGAAGGACGCGGAGACCGGUCUGUCGACGCGGCAGGAGGACCGGGAGAACAAGGGCCCGCAGUCGAGCCGGCCGAGCAACCGAAUACCGCGGACGGUAUUGGAGGAGGCGAACAGUGCUUCGAGCAGCGCGUCGAAGCUCCGCAAGCGCGGCACCGCGGUGAAAAGCCCGGUCGAGACCGGGUCGCAGCGCCCGGUGCGGCGAAGACCGAGGCCGGCCGUCCAGGAAGCGAGAGCGGAGCCGCAGGAGCAGCAGCAGCAGCAACAGCAUCAGCAACAGCAUCAACAGCAGGAGAGCAGCGUCUCGAGGACAUCGGCGAAGUCCUGCGAGAAAGAGGAGCGCUUGGGCAACGCCAGAGUCGAGGAGCGUCGGGCGCAGGAGGAGCAGGACGAGGACCAGGACCACUGCGACCCUCUGACCAAGAGACUCAGGACAAGCCCGAUCGGUAGGAAGCUUAGGUCCGAGCGGAAGGGGAAGGGUAACUGCGAGGAGGCCGCGUCGUCGGACCAGGAGGAGCCGGGGGAGGACGUUCGGAAGCGGGUCGAGCCGGAGAGAGAGCCGGAGAAGCUCGAGGAGGACGAGGAGAGCCAGUCGAGAGAACGGGACAGGGAACCGGAGCCUCCACCUCCGGACAAAGCGGACCCCGGGGGCUUGGCAGUCGCCGAGCGGAAACAGCAGCCGGAUCACUCGGAAAAGGAGGACCGGGGGAGGACCGCCGGCAAGGAUCAGGUGUUCGUGAAUGGCUCGUCGCUGGCCGAGCCGUCGUUGGUCGGUGACAAAGCGAGCAGCGUCCUCCUCGAUGCCGACGCCGCGCUGCUGAAGCCUGCAGCAGCCGAGCCGAAGGCGAAGGGCGUCGAGGAGGAAGAAGAGGAGCCGCGGGAGGAGGACGAGGAGGAGCCGGAGCAGGACCCGGAGCCGGAAGAGCAGGAGCGGGAACGGGAGCGGGAACGCGAACAGGAACAGGACGAGGAGGACGAGGACAGAGGCUCGAGGAGGACCGAGCUGACCACCGAGCUAGGCACGGAGGAUAGCGUGGGCAGCGUAAGCGGCGCGAGGGCGGCCAGCGUCGAAUCGGUCGUCGAGCUGCUGGAGUCGAGCAGUCAGGACUCAGGCUCCGUGCUGGAGAGGCUGAGUCCGCUUAGUGGCAGCGGCGGCGGCGGCUCUGGCAGGCAGAGCCUGCUCCUGGAGCAGCAGCGGGAGCAGGACCGGAACCGUCACAACGAGAGUCCCGUCAUCCUAGCCGAGAAACUGAACAAGCCGCCACCGCCGAUCGCUGGACACCAUCACCAUCAUCUGCAGCAGUAUCAUCAGCACCAUCACCAGCAGCCGCCGCAGCAGCACCAUCACCAGCAGCAACGUUACUCGAGCAGCCCGGUGAUCCACCACCACGUGCAACAGCAACAGCAGCAACAACAGCAGCAGCAACAGCAACAACAGCAACAGCAGCAGCUCCAUCACCAGCAUCGGGUAGCCAGCAGCCCCCAUCAGCACCACCAGCAUCACCACCAGCUCCCACCGUCGAGCCUCCUCGAGGUGCAACAGCAGUCUCACGCUGGGAGGGGCGGCGAUGAGGCCGGCCUCAUGGAAGUGGAGGCCGGGGCCGGUAUACCUGGGACUGGUGUGCUCGCCGGAGUGCCAACGGCCGUCGGCAUCCGAGGCGUCGGGCCCGCGGCUGGCGGCGCCGCCGCGACCGGAACCUAUGGGGACAGCGGCUCCGACAGCGGGGUAAGCUCCCUGAGGAGCGCCGGCUCCGGCGACGAGAGGAGCGGCAGCAGGAGCUCCGCUCUCAGCGUCGACGAGACAACCACCUCUUCGAUACCAACCGCGGCCGCCACGCCGGCCCGAGUCUGGCACGUGCAGAGCGUCCAGCACACCUCCUUGCUGAUGGCGCAUCCGCAGCCGCCGCCGCCCGCCGCAGGCCCGAGCUCCGCGGCAGCCGCGGCCGCAGCCGCCGCCGCGGCCGCGGCCACCGCGCCGCCCGGGGCCUAUCAGAGCGGAGCUCCACCGGGACAUCAUCAUCCGGCGGUCGCGUCCGAGAUGCUAUGGAGGUCGCCCAGGUACCCGCCCCUGUCGCACGCGCUUCUGGGACCCGCGCAACCGAAUCCCGAGGAGCUGAUCGAGAGGGAGAGGAUGCUGCGGGAGCGGCGAGAAGCGGAAGUCCGGCUGGAGCGUGAACGCGAGAAAAGGGAGGCCAAGAUGGAAAGGGAGAGGCUCGAGAAGCAGAGGGCCGCCGAGCAGGCAGUUCACAAGCACUUCGAGGAGUCCCUCAGGCUGGCACAACAAAAGGUGUCUCAUGUUCCGCAGAGAAACAUGCAGUCGACCUCGAUGGCGUGGAACACGUUCAUGCCGCUGCCGCCGCCGGGUAGCAGAACGCACGCCGGCCCGCACUCGGGGAUGACGGCGCACGUGGGUCAUCAUCAUCCGGGUGCCGGGGCGGGCAGCGCUCAUCCUGUCACCGUGGCGCAGCAACAGCAACGGGAGCGGGAGGAGCGGGAGAGGGAGGCGAGAGAACGAGAACAGAGGCAGAGAGAGAGCGAGAACCUGGGGAUCAGGGAACAGCUGGUCGUGGCCGAGAGGCUGCAGAGGCAAGCCGAGGCCAGGGAUCAUGCAGCAGCGCAGCAGAGGGCUGCUUACUAUGCGGCCACGGCACCUCAGACUCAACAGGUGUCACGACCAUCGAGCGUACCUGGCAAAGUCGAUUACCCACCUCCACCGGCGCACUCGAGAACGUCGAAGUCGUCGCUUCCAGUCAGUAGUCUUCACGAGAAACCGCCGCAGGUAGUCGGCCCGUCGCACAGUUCCCUACCGAAGGUAGAGCCGAACGUGGGCCUGUUCAGCUACUCGACGUACCAGCCGCAGCCGUCGUUCAUGCACGACAUCAAGGUGAAGAGCGACGUGGGCCAGCCGCACAAGUCCGGCAACAAGGGCGGGCUGGCCGGCGGCCUGGAGAGGGACCACCACGGUAGAGAGGUCCUGCAGAACCCACCGUCGCUGUUGUCGGACCACAAGAGCUCGGUGAUCGUGAAGAACGAGGGCCGCGAGCUGCCGAAGACGCCUGUGUCGCAGCAACACUCGCCGAGCCCGAAGAUCAUGUCGUAUCUGAACGUGCAGUCGGUGGCGCCGCAGCACAAGCCGUACGAGUACAGAAGCCCGACGCAGAGCCCGCACCAUCUUCAUCAUCUCGACGGCGGGCUGCAGGCGGCGAAAAGCAUACCUCAGGGCCACCACAGAAGCAGCAGCGGGCCGACGACCACGGCGCAGUUACCGAGCCCGCACGGGCACCCACCGCACUCGCACAAUCGACAGUCACCGCACGCCCAGCAUCCACAUCAGCCGCCACAUCCGUCGCCGCCGGAGCCGCGGUAUCUGACAAGGCCGGAAUCAGGGUUACCUUACGCCGCUGCCAAGCCCUCGUACCCGUAUCCACAUCCGCAUCCGCCCACGGCCUCGCCGACGUCCCAUUACACAGCGCCGGCCGGCUCGAAGCCAAAAGUGAGCAGCCCGGCGCCGCCACACAUCUACGGCAAGCCGAACUCCGGCAUCAUGACCGGCACGCCGGUGUGCCGGGCCUCGGAGCCGACGGUCGCCGCGCCGAUACCCCUCACCUCGAAGGCCGGCAGCUCGCCUUACCAGCAAGUGCCUCAUCAUCACGGGGCGCCGCCGCCACCCCUGCCGCCGCCGGCCCACAGCAGAUCCGUCUACGAUCCGAGAGGUUUCACCGGGUCCAUGCCAGCCGCGAAGCUGCCGCCGCCGCCGUUGCACGGCUCGCCGCCUACGGCCGCGUCCGCGCCGUUGCCGCUCUCGAGGCCGAUAGCCCAUCCCGCUCAUCACACCAGCCCGCAUCAGCAACCAGGACAGACGGUGCAGCUCGCGCAGCCCCCGAUGAACACCACCUUCCAGACGCAGCCGCUCGACCUUGGCGUCGAGAGGUCCAGCUCGCCGAAGCGGAAGGCGCCAACCCCCUCGUUGACCGAGAACUCGGGCCAACCGGUGUCCCUCGAGGUCUGCAAGAAACGCAGGACCGAGGAGCUGCAGCCGUUGCCUCUGCAGUGCGUAGGCCCGCCGGUUUUGUCGCGGGUCAGCGAACCGAGCCCGUUGAUCGCCUCGGCUGCCACCUCGAUCACCACCGUCGUCAACACCGCGGCGCUCCUCGCGCAGCCCAACAGCCAGGCGCAGGAACGCAUCGUGACCGCGGUCAGCCCGGCGCCCAGAACUGCCAGCGGCGACGGGUCCGUCAGGCCAGCCAGCACCGGCAGCGUCAGCUCCUUGAACCCGACGGCCAGCGCGGCGCCGAGUCCCGCGCCGAUACCGAGCCCCGCACCUUCGACGGCGCCCAGUCCAGCGCCCAGCGCGCCGGGCACGCCGGCGAAAGCGAACGCCAGCACGGUGGACAGCGAGAAGUCGAACAGUCCAGCUCCGAGGCCGCCCAGCAGCACCAGCUACCCGGGGCACAAGCUGAAGAAGGCCUGGCUGCAGAGGCAUUCCGGCGAGGACGGCACCGAGGACACCACCGGCGUCGUCGGCAGCGGAUCCUGCGUCACCUUACCGUUAAACAUCUCCCAAGCGACCUCCCAACCGCUCAACAACAAGGAACGCGACUCCUCGACGAACAACAGUAAUACAAGCACCACGUGCAUGCCCAGCGCGGUGAACUCGAUUCACAAUAUCGGCAGCAUGGCGGUGAACAGUAUCAACAAGAGCAAAGUGGCGACGAAAGGCGGCCGCAAGUCCACCAACAAGGAGUCCCUGAACGGCCACGCGACCGACUCGAAGAACCUGCAGGAGGACUCGUCCAGCAGCGACCCGGACCGGAAGUCGCCGCCUAAAAGGAAGCCACCCAAGGUAAAACGAAAGAAGGGCGCUGCACGGAGGCAGCAGACUACCGCGGAAGAUCAGCGGAGACGGAAGGAAGACAAACAAGUAGGAGGAGCAGGUGUGGGCAGCGAGUCUAGCAACGAGAGCGAGGCUGGUUCAGCCAGUGACACCAGCGAACAGUUGGGUUCCAUUCAACCUGCGUCAAGGGUGCGCCAUACAGCAGCCAAUUCCAACAAUUCCUCGGGAAACGGAAACAACAAGGAACCCAGGAAACGAGGCAGGAGACCAAAGACUACAAAAGGUAAUGAGUUAGGCGGCGAGGACCAGCAACCGCGACAAAAGAAAGAACGCAGAGACGACAGCACAAGCGGUGGUAACAGUGGGCCAGGUGGUAGCGGCGGAAGGGGCGAUCCCUUUCGCAGGCCACCGAUAUCGCAACUAAAGAAAACCGGUGACAGCUGGUUGCAAGAUGGUGCUUGUUUCGAGGUCGCACCGAAAUUGGCUAAAUGUCGUGAGUGCAGAUGGACACCGCACCAGCGCUCGAAAAACCUUCCACAAAAUAUUUUCUGCAGAUUUUAUGCAUUCCGUAGAUUACGGUACACCAAGACUGGACAAUUGGCUAUAGCUGGGUUCAGCGAUCCGCACAAGGACGCAUCCGAGGUAGAUCUUCGGUUGUGGUUACCAGGCAAAGAUAAUCUAGACUCAAAAAAAGAUGAGAAAUCAGAUAAGAACGAUAAAGAGAAAGGAGACAAAGAGGAUCUGGACCUGGAGAUGGCUCACCGACUGCUUCGGCAGGUCGGGGACCAGUUUUGCGAUCUGCUCCACCAAGAGAAGGACGCUCUCCAACAGCACAAAGCAGAAGCAAAUUCGGGACUUGUAGACGGAACGGUAGCUUGGAAGCGAGUGGUUCAGGGUGUUCGAGAGAUGUGCGACGUGUGCGAGACCACCCUUUUCAAUUAUCACUGGGCCUGCGGCAAAUGCGGUUUCGUUGUGUGCAUCGAUUGUUACAAGGGACGUAAGAAUGGAACGAUCAAAAUUUGGGGUGAGAGCGGAAAGGACAGAGACGAUUUCUCGUGGCUCUUGUGCACGAACAGACAAGUACACGAACCAGAACGACUGAUGCUCACGCAGAUUAUCGCCGGCGAUAGCCUGAUACGUCUCGGGCAAAGGCUGCACGAGUGUCGAGCCGAGUGGGGGAUUCCCCAGCACUGCGGCUGCUCGUUGGUCGUUCAAACAUCUGCGAACGAGUUCCUGCGAGGUCUUAUCAAGGGCGACACGGUGCCGGUGAUGAACGGGAACGUGAAGCAGGAGGUGAAAGAGGAGAAGAAGGUGAACGAGUCGAACGGAUCCUCGGAGAACAAGACCAAUGGGGAGGACAAGAACUCGCCGUUGAAUUGGCUGGCAGACGUUGCGCUGCAGAACCAGGACAAGAACGAGAGCGGCUCGAGCUCGGAUUCCGACGAGGAUCGGGACGGGAAUUACUCGACACUUCGGGAGCUUUUGAUCCGACCGUCGCACAAGUCGAACGGCAAUGGGUCCAGGUCGAACUCGCCGACGAACAACGCGAGCAACGUGAACACUCCGACCGGGAACAACGGGCAGAACAACGUGACGAAGUCGAGCAAGAAGUCCAAGAUGGAUACCCUGGACGAGGUGAUUUCAAGCGUGAUCGAACAUAGCGUGAAAAAGGAGAGGGAAGGUGGACUGGACGACGAGAAGCCGCGUGAGCUGAAGCACUUUGUCAGGCGAUACAAGUGGACGCAGAAGGGCAGGGAACCGCUGCCGAUCCGGAUUAUGACCUUGACCGAAAGCAAGAGCCUCUACCCGGACGUGCCGCACUCGUGGCUCUGCGACGGCAAGCUGCUAAGGCUAAACGACCCGAACAAUCCAAACAACUACAGAAUAUUUCAAGAUCAGUGGAAGCGGGGACAGCCGGUGAUCGUAUCGGACGUCGCCAAGUCCCUGGACAUGAAUCUCUGGCAUCCGGACUCGUUCGCGAGGGACUUCGGCGACGAGAAGAACGAUCUCAUCAACUGCAUGACCGGCAAUCUGGUGCCGAAUCAGCCGAUGCGCAAGUUCUGGGAGGGGUUCGAGCACUUCUCCAAGAGACUGAAAGAUGAAAGAGGGAACCCGAUGCUACUCAAGCUGAAGGACUGGCCACCCGGCGAGGACUUUGCGGAGCUGUUGCCUUCGAGGUUCGCCGAUCUCAUGAAGGUGCUGCCACUGUCGGAGUACACCCAUCGAAACGGCAGAUUGAACUUGGCCAGUCGGCUGCCAGAUUGCUUCGUUAGGCCUGAUUUGGGCCCGAAAAUGUACAACGCCUACGGGUCGGCCCUUCAUCCGAACAAGGGCACGACCAACCUCCACCUGGACAUCUCUGACGCGGUGAACGUAAUGGUUUACGUGGGGAUUCCGAAGGACUCCGAUAACGACGAACACGUCAAAGAAGCACUGAGAGCGAUAGACGAAGCAGGCUGUGAUAUCUUGACGAGGCGACGUGUCCGUGAACGAGGAGAGGCGCCCGGUGCUUUGUGGCACAUCUACGCAGCCCGAGACGCUGACAAAAUUCGAGAUCUGUUGAACGCAGUGUCCUUGGAACGCGGGGCCCGUUUGGAACCCCAUCACGACCCCAUCCACGAUCAGAGUUGUUAUCUCGAUGGACCGUUGCGGGAACGCUUGUAUCGCGAAUACGGCGUCGAAGGGUACGCUAUCGUCCAGUGCCUAGGCGACGCAGUAUUCGUGCCAGCUGGCGCACCACACCAGGUCCGAAAUCUCCACAAUUGCAUCAAAGUAGCGGAGGACUUCGUCUCACCGGAGAACGUCUCGCACUGCUUCCACCUGACACAGGAGUUCCGGGCGUUAUCGGACACACACACCAACCACGAGGACAAGCUGCAGAUCAAGAACAUCAUCUAUCAUGCGGUAAAGGAUUCCCUGACCGUUUUGUCGAACGUGAAGGAGGAGACUCUUGCCAAGCCGAAAAGCAACAACGAGAUCAAGAAGGAGGAGACGUAGCCCUAGGCCCCCUGUCGCGGUCGCAAGAACCGUUGUUGAUUAACUUUGUUCGACGAAAAUCUCACUGUUGCAGUGAGUGGGAACUUGUUGCCGCCCCUCCGCGCUCUCCCGAAACGCGCGCUGCGUUGUAACAUACACAUUAUACACAUACAAACGCGAAUCGUAAAUUCGGGAUAACGGGAGGAUCCUUGAUGAUUCGCGAAUCCUUCGAAGAAGAAGAAGAAGAAAACCUGUACCGAGGUGCAAGAAUUUGUUGUGAUAUUUGACGAGUAACUCAAAAGUUUGAUUUAAUGAGUAUUGGCUGAGCCAAUGGAAAUGAGCGCGAGAAUGCGUGACGUGGAAAAGGAAUAUUCGUUGUUUCAUUUGAAUGUCCUUUUUACGUAUAUAUAUAUAUGUAUCUGUAAAUAUAUAUGUAUGUAUACAUAUAUAUGUAUAUAUAUGUGUGUAUUUAUGUAUAUGUAUAUAUAUAAAUAUAUUUUUUUUCUGUUUCCUUUCUCGAGUAAACGCGAGCUGGACGGACAUGAAGUCCCCGGCGAGUAUUUUGCAUUGAAGCAUUGGAGGCCGGUGACACAGACCGAGAAUCGCGCACCGCGGCGUCCAUUUACCAAUUGUGAUACCGGGAAUGAGGACUUUGGAUCAUACAUUAUUUGUAAUUACUUAUAUCGUGCCUGUAUUCAAUACAUACUGUCUAUAUUAUAUAAAAUGUAGAUAAUCGAUUUUACUGUGUAAUGAAUUCUUACUAUAGCAAGUAAACGAGAGGAUUGUCUAGAGGUACCUUUGUGCAAUUAGAUGUCGAAUUAACAAAAAAAGAAAAAAAGAAAAAGAGAUGGGCGAUACACACACCGCCCCGGAACGAUUAAAAAGGAUCGCAAAAAGCAACAUAAAGGAGAAAGGAGGAACGUAUCGUGUCGUUCGUUUAGAAUGGAUCAGUGAUAAUUGUCGAUCCCGUGACCGUGCUCUCGUGAUCUGGUGCUUUUGGUAUAUUCGAUUGUAUUAAAGACAACAAGGGGAGGAUGAACGAUGAUAUUUCGAACAAGCGCUUUGCCAAAAAAAAAAAAAAAUAAUGGCCGAUAUAUGUUUCUCGCCUGCGAUGUUCUUGCGUGCCGGGCGUUAAUGGUCGCGCAAGAAUUUAAACACUGCCUAACCCAUUGUCCGCGUCAGUCCAGAUAACAAAUAAGGUAUAACACGGAAUUUAAUUGCGCGCGUCGUGUACGUUAAUCUCUCUCUCGUUGCAGUGUUCGGCGCACCCGGGAACGAUAAACACGGUGUUUCGGUUUUGUCUGUCCCUCUUCUUCGAAAAAUAUAUCGGCUAUAAACGGGAGCAAAGUAACGGUACGCGUUUCGCGCGCGUGACGAGAGAAAAAAAAAGGUUUGUAUCGCUUGUCGUUUUUGAAAACAGAGGCAUCAGAAGCAAAACGGGGAAAAGUAACAAAAGCGGAACACUUGAAACGGAGAAACAAAUUUUCGUCGAUAUUAAUUAUUAUUAUUAUAUUGUCCCCGUGAGGACCGCGAGAUCGAGAACCACGCCCUCCCUGUACAGACUCGAUUAAAUUUAAUGUUUUUAUAGAUUGGAUUUUGACGUUGUGACCCAGUGAUGCGACCCAGUUUAACAAGGGGUAGAGAGAAAACGGAAACAAAUCGGGGGAAAGAACCGUGAAAUCUGUUAUUUUUGUCAAAUCACGCAAUGAAGAGCCGUCUAUCCGAAUAGAGAACAGCGAUAUUCUAAUUGUAUUGUAAUUAGUAAGCUAAUAACUGUCGUAAACGUUAUUUAACGCGAGGUGUAAAGGUGUAACACACAACUCUCGAAGUGCCAAUGUUUUGAACGACGUGGAGAUUCUCGCGUGGUUUGCAAGCAAACACAGAGGAGAAAAAAGAAAAGAAAGGGAGAAACGAAGAACGGAUUUUAGUCAUGCAACAAGCCGCACACAGAUGACAGGGCUCAGUUCCUAUCAUUUUAGAACCAACGUUGUUCGCGUUCUUCACGUUCAAAAAAAGCUCGCCCCCCAUCUGACCUCGAAAGCCGUCGUCCGACCGCGAUGUUUUCGUUUUUUUUCUUUCUUUUUCCGAACUUGAACCGUUCGCUCCACGUUCUAACGCGCUAUAUUAUCCUAUCCGGUCGUUUGUCACAUUAUUUCACGCUUCUGCUUAGAAGUUCCAGCGAAGCUCGUUCACUCAUUUGUUGAGCCCGAAGAAGAUUGUUUCUGAUUUUCAGCUCGGCUGUGUCGAACGGUUUCAAUGAAAAAAGGGGGAAGGCGACGGCUUUGGAGUGCGGACACGCGCACGUAAUUAAACCGCGACACGCUUAUCGAUCGUCGAACGUUUUACACCACGGCUAAGAUAAUCUCGAGACCGAAACCUCGCGAGAGAGGGAAACGAAGGAGAGAGAGAGAAAAAAAAACGAGGAAACCGAUGAACAAAUCACUGGAAAAAUACCCUGGAGACCCGCAAUUUCUUUGAUCUCAACAUUCGUCUAGCAUACAACGACUUGAUUAAAAGUAAUAUUUAACGAGUAAAUUUUUAAAUAUCCUUAGUGUCGAUAAGAGUAACGUUAAUGUUAACGGGAAUAAUAAGUAAACGGGACAGAGCAAGAAGAGGAAACCGGAGAAGUACCCUUUUAUUGAUUCACGAGUGUGUCGAUGAAGAUGAUGAUGAUGAUGAUGAUGAUUAUGGUAAUGAUGAUGUUGAUGAAACGAUGAACAAUGAUGAUGAUGAUGAUGAUGGUGGCGAUGAUGAUGUAUAAAGUUAUAGAGAGGAUGAGAAAGAAGCAUACUCUGUGUAUUAUUGCUGCA